AUGGCCUGCUUCAACCCUACCAUCGUCUUUGCCCUGCUCCAGCUCUUACCUCGCAUCGACGCCAGGUUACAUCGAGUCAUUCGACAGUCUGGGUCGCAGGAUAUUCCAACGUACUUGCAGCAAGUGAACGCCGCCCGCUUCGACAUCGCCAUCACACAAGCCGGGAACGAGAGUGCUGUCUGUAGGCAUCUUGAUCAAGACACCACAUACGAUGACCAACCAUAUGACGCUGCACUGGCAGAGCAAUUGCUCUAUGAGACUGCUAGCGGAAUCAUUAUCUUUCCCGACCUGAAAGGAGCUGCUGUCAAUCUCACUAUUGCUUACGAGGCGCUCCAGAGUGCGCGUCAAGGAGCAACGACGUCGUCCGACUGCGCCGACCUCGAUGUUGGUUCGCUUGAAGCCGCGGGUCUCAAUGGUACUGCCGUGCAGAGUAUCGUUUGCAGCGCAAUCCGCACGACGAGCACUCCGGAGUUAUCCACCCUAUCUUUCACCAGCAUAUCGACUGGUUCGACCACCGGCGGGAGCACAUCGCCACUCAGCAGUGCUACAACCACGUCUAUCAGCCUCACCACCUCUGCUAUGUCAAGCUCCAUCACAUCGGCAACGAUGUCUAGCGUUAUCACGAGCACAUCCAGUCUCACUACUUCUUCAGCGACUAGUACAAGUGACACAGCCUUGCUAUCUUCUACGUCGAGGAGCGCUCUGAUCAUUGGGACAGGUUCUUCUACGUCUGAUGAGAACCCGGGUACCCUGCCUAUUACAACAUCUAAAACCACGAUCACACCUGCCUCAUCGUCCGCGUCGUCUCUUUUGACAACUAGCAUACCUUCAGACACGAAGUCAAGCCUCGGAAGUAGUGCAACGUCCAGUCUCUCGGCCAACUCGACACUCUCGCUCAGCAACAACACGACCACCGCCGCCCUCGGCCCUUCCGUUAUCGUUGGCUCCCCCGUCUCUGUCAACAUCACGAGAUCUGCGUCCUUGCUCUCCGCAUCAAUGACCACGCCUUCCGACGCUAUCAUCUACGCAGGCACUAUCACACUACUCAACACCGUGUGGAUCUUCGUCGAUCUGGCAAAUCCUACGCUGGGUACUACGAGCACUGAGUUCGGUUCUGCUGGUCUUCCUUCGGUAGCUACGGGGACUGGAGUAUGCGCGCGUGGCGGAGGUGAGAGGUUGUAG